GGUGAAAAUGAUGCUAAAAUUUCAUGUAACAUGGAACAAACAGAAGAUCAGUGGCAAAGAAAUAUGGCAGAAGCUGCAGAGCAGGAAAUAUGUGACAAUAUAAGUACAGGGGAAUUCAUGAACUGCAAUAAUCAUGAUCAGACUGCAGAUGCUUCUUUACAUCUUCUUCAAAAUCAAAGAAGCCACGUGGGAAAUUUAUGUUCUGAAUGUGGGAAAUGUUUUCUUAAGAAAUCACAUCUUCUUAAACAUCUAAAAAUUCAUACAGGAAAAACAUUUUCCUGUCCUAUAUGUGGGAAAUAUUUUAACUAUAAAAAGAGUAUUGUUGCUCAUCAGAAAAUUCAUACAGGAGAAAAAGAAUUUUCAUGUUCUGAUUGUGGGAAAUGCUUUACUCAGAAAUCAAAUCUUAUUCGUCAUCAGAAAAUUCAUACAGGGGAGAAAGCAUUUUCAUGUUCUGACUGUGGGAAAUGUUUUACUCUGAAAUCAAAUCUUAUUAUGCAUCAGAAAAGUCAUACAGGAGAAAAAGCAUUUUCAUGUUCUGACUGUGGAAAAUGUUUUACUCGGAAAUCAACUCUUCUUAUGCAUCAGAAAAUUCAUACAGGAGAAAAAUCAUUUUCAUGUUCUGACUGUGGGAAAUGUUUUACUCUGAAAUCAAAUCUUAUUAUGCAUCAGAAAAGUCAUACAGGAGAAAAAGCAUUUUCAUGUUCUGACUGUGGAAAAUGUUUAACUCGGAAAUCAACUCUUCUUAUGCAUCAGAAAAUUCAUACAGGAGAAAAAUCAUUUUCAUGUUCUGACUGUGGAAAAUGUUUUACUCAGAAAUAAAAUCUUAUUAUGCAUCAGAAAAUUCAUACAGCAGAAAAAGGCAAUUUCAUGUUCUGACUGUGGAAAAUGUUUUAGCCUGAACACAAAUCUUUAUUACAUAUCAAAAAAUUCAUACAAAACAUUACAGCAAUGAAUAAACAGCAUCUUGCUAUAUAAUUAAAAACUAAUAUAUAUUUCGUUAUGAAUAACCAACUAUCUUUAGAUGAAUUUUUCCUCAGAAAGCAUUUAAAAAAAUAAAUCCUAUUUAAAUUUUUA